AUGGUGUUCGGGCAUCGCCCACGUCCGGGGCAUAUCUCGGCGGUGCAUCGAGUAUCUUUGGGGAUUGUCCGAUUUCAUAGAAUCCCGAAAUGUGGUUUACAUACCGAUGGUAGAAGCCGGAUAUCAAACUUCUGGAUCCCGACGGGAGGCAUCUCCAAGAAAGCCGUAGAGGGCAAGAAGGAGGACGCAAAUGACCUUCUGGUCCGGGGCGGAUUUCUUCGUCAGGCUUACUCUGGGAUAUUUCAUUUGCUACCGCUUGGUUUGCGUGUCCAGGAUAAACUUGAACGACUUAUUGACAAGCACAUGAGAUCUGUGGGCGCUUCUAAGGUUUCGUUAUCUUCACUAUCCUCCCAAGAGCUCUGGGAGCAGUCUGGCCGGUUAAAGGAGGGCUCGGAGGUCUUCAGAUUCCAUGAUAGAAAGGAAUCCCGUUUCCUUCUCGCCCCUACACACGAAGAGGAAAUCACUACAUUAGUCGGGAGUCUCACAAAAUCAUACAAAGAUUUACCUUUACGGGUAUACCAAAUAUCAAGGAAAUACCGCGAUGAGCCCAGACCACGACAGGGCCUUCUUCGCGGCCGAGAAUUUAUAAUGAAAGACCUCUACACAUUUGACUACAACGUCGAAGAAGCUCUGGAAACAUACAAAGCCGUCAAAUUGGCAUAUACGCACCUCUUCAACGAGCUGAAAAUACCCUACCUAGUUGCUGCUGCAGAUUCGGGCAACAUGGGCGGAAGCCUAAGCCAUGAAUUCCACUUCCCUACUUCCAAGGGCGAAGAUACGCUAAUCAGUUGCUCGAACUGCGAUCAUGUUUACAAUGAGGAGCUUGCGGAUGGAAAGGCUCAUGGUGCUGGUGCCGCAUCUUCGCCGUCGGCCGGUUUCGCUACGGAGGAAUCAUCUACAGACGGUUCAGGGACGGUCUCGACAGGUGCCUGGUUCGCCAUCUCAAGAGACAAGAGAACUCUGAUCCGGGGAUGGUAUCCUAAGUUUUUCAAACAACCCGGGUCCCAAGAACCCACGGAAAGAGAAGUCAGCUCCCACGCCGUGAAAUCCAUCGUCACAGCAGCAGGAAUCGACAUCGACCUGAGCGUGGAAAAUCCGCUCGAACAGUGGAUCACAUAUAUCAAAUCCCAAAAUUCCUCCGACGGCUCAACGCCCAGCGUGCUAGACCUCUACGACAACCAAGUACGAGUCUACCAACGUCCACCCCUCAGUGACCUCCUCCAGGGCACCGGCCGCUCGACAAACGAAAUCGAAUACUUCAUGCUUGACAAAUUCCCCAACACAACCAACGGCCUGGACCUAAUUAAAGUCCACGACGGUGACACAUGCCCUAAAUGCACGCAGGGAAUCCUCAAUCUCGACACCGCAGUCGAAUUAGGACACACAUUCUACCUUGGGACUCGCUACAGUGACGUCCUCAGUGCAUCGGUCAUGGUUGACAAGUCCCUGCUCGGCGCCACAAACUCAAAAGACCAGAUUGUUCCGAUGCAAAUGGGUUGUCACGGAAUUGGUGUCUCGCGAAUGAUCACAGCUGUGGCAGAUCGCCUUGCGGACACAAAGGGCCUUAAUUGGCCACGGGUUAUGGCUCCGUACGAAGUUAUCGUCGUGUCUGGGAAGGGUCUCGAGGGUGAAGCGGAGAAGGUAUACGAUUCGUUUGUAUCAUAUGACCCUGCCGCUCCUGUUGAUGCUAUCCUCGACGACCGUGAUAAGCAGAUGGGAUGGAAACUCGGCGAUGCCGAUCUCAUCGGAUACCCAAUCAUCGUGGUAGUUGGUAAAGGAUGGAAGAAUCAGCAGACGUUGGAGGUGCAGUGUCGUCGGUUGGGCCUGAGAGAAGACGUUCCUUUGGAUGAGCUGCCGAUGUUUGUGCGGUCUUUGCUGGAGCGAUUGUGA